AUGCCCAGAGUCAAGCACGAAUCCAAUCUCAUCGCAGUUCCGGCUGUGCUUCGUCUGCACCCGUUCUGGCUCGCCUCCCCACUGCUGAACAGCACCUGCAAGGGGUACGGCAACUGCAUCCCAUUCCACAUGUUCAAGCAAGUCUUCGAAAAGGUGGACGAGAUCGCAACGCGCUUAGGAGAUCUUGAGGGACCCACGAGCCCCUCUGCGAUCGCUGCCAGCACGCUCUGCAACAACAUUCACACUGCAUACCUUCGAGACGCGGGCAUCUAUCUCCAACGGACGUCCUCUCGCAAAGGCGCCUUCGGCGCUGCAUCGACGACCACAAGCGGUUCAGGAUACACAAACUCAAACGAGUCGACCAUGGCUGCUGAGCUGCGCAACGAGCUCAGCCGCGUACAGCGCGUUCUCGUCCAGCACCUCACCGGGAUUCAGGACAGCGCGGUGAACAUCCAGAGCACGCAGACGAGUCUGAAGCGGCGCAUCGACGCGAUCGAGAAGAACGACGGCAGCAACAACGUCAUGGAAGCCAUGGUGCGCAAAGCCGAGAGCCGCGUGGGGAUUCUCGAGCAGCGGGGGCAGAUCGUGAGCGCUGGCAUGUCCGACGCCCUCAAGCGUGUCGGCGAACUUGAGAAUCGACUGGACUUUCAGGACUCGCUCCUCAUGAGCUGCAAGGACGCGGUCACCAAGGUGAACGACCUGCAAGCCCGCCAGGCUCAGCAGGAGGAGAACAUCAACAAGUGCCUCCUCGACAUCAAGAACGUCGGCAGUAGGCUCGAUGGCCUCGAGGCUAUGAUGAGGGACAUCAAAGAUAUGCUGGAAAGUGGUAGCCCUAUGGGGACACCGGGACCAGAAGCUUCGGGCAACAAGCCGGGGCAGCUCCCGACUCCGCCGAAGGAGAACUCGCCAGGAGAGGUCGCGGGCCAGUCCGCCGCCGACGCCGAGGUAGACGCCGCAGGAACGGAGACGCCGCCGGCCAAGCGUCAGCGAACAGAGCCCGUCGCGGAGUGA